AUGGUAGAUGCAUCUUCAUCACGAUUCGAAGAAGCAUUAAACCAAUAUGAAGAAUGUGAACGUAAUCUGAAAGCAUUCUUAAAACCAUAUGAAGAUGAGAAUGAACAAUUAGAAAUUGAAUUAGAGCAAUUAAGUGGUAAACGUCAGAAAUUACUGAGAGAAAAACAAACAAUUCAGAAUAACGUAGAAAAUGUAAAAUCAAAUUUGAACAAGUUAGAGUCGAAAUUGAAACAAUAUGACGAACAACUUAGAUUGCCCAAAAUACGGUGUGAUCAGUUGCAUUCAGCAUUAUCUUUUCUCCUUUCUUGUGCAAAUGAUUCAUCAUCCAAAGAGAAACAACCAGAUCUACAACAUUAUCCCGAAUUAGGUUUAAAAAUUAUUAAAUGUAAGGAGACUGAAACAUCAGAUCAAAAUCAAAAACCUCUGACAAAUGAGAAUAGUAGUAAUAAACGGUCAAGAAGUACAUCAGUGAUACGUAAUAAUGAUCACACUGAUGAUCAACAAAAAUCCACAGAACAAUCAGUAAAACAACGGAAAUAUAACGAUGUUUAUCACAGAUCAUCAGAUAAACAUCAUCGAGGAGAAUCAUAUCAUUCAAGCCAAAGAACAAACGAUCAUUAUCAGCAACAACCUCAUCGUCCACGAGCACGUUCAUCGGUAGCAACAGCACAUCGUUUUAGAAAAUAA